UAUCCAUGGAAGAAGAAUUAUAUUAUACGCAGUAUUUUGUCAUAAGUAACAGUAAUUUUUCACUUUUUACAUGGACAAGCUUUAUCAUUUCAAAAAAAGCAAUAGAUAAAUGUUUUAUAUUAACAGUUGAAGCGUGAGGCAGUCCGUGACGUACAUGGUCCAACCGGUGGUUUCGUAGAUACUCAGAUGCUACAACAGUUCCCUGAUCGUCGCCAGAGAGGGGACCUACCAAAACAGGCCUCCUUGAUACGUGUGAUGAACCGGGCACGUGAGAACAUCCGCCCGAAGGAGCCCAAGACUCUAGAUUUUGAGGUUAACACUGAGUUUCUGGAAGACGAGUUCCUCGUUGGUGAUGUUCAAGUUGGUGAAGAGCGUCAUCUGAUGUUCGCGACCAGUGAGCAGCUCCAGCUCCUACAGCGUUCCCGCAAAUGGUACCUCGAUGGGACAUUCAAGGUCGUCCGUAAACCAUUUACCCAGCUCUGGUCUAUCCACGCGUUUGUCCGAGAGGGGGAGUGCACCAAGCAGGUCCCACUUCUGUUUGUCCUGAUGUCACGCCGGCGCAAACAAGAUUACAUAGCAAUCCUGACCAAGAUCCUGGAUAUCCUUCCAGAGGCUCCUGCUGUUGAGGCGUUCUGUAUGGAUUUUGAAAUUGGUUUGUGGCAGGCUCUUCGGGAGGUCUUCCCAGGUACAUCUCUACAUGGGUGUGCUUUCCACUGGGCUCAGUCCAUCAUUCGUCAUGUGAAGGAGCAUGGUCUCGCCAAAACUUACCAGGACAGGACAACCGUUCACCAGCUGAUAAGCAAGCUACUUGCUCUUCCUUUUCUACCAGGUCGGGACAUCGAGAGAGCGUUCCAACGUCUGAGGGACCGGGCCAUGACCAGCUCGCAGCCAGUGCGGGAUCUUUUCCAAUACGUCUGGGACCAGUGGUUGUGCUCAAGUGUGUGGACGGUCGAUGAGUGGAGUGUCUACAAGCAGCCUGUACGCACAAACAACGACUGUGAGGGUUGGCACCGGCGCCUCAACCAGAAAGCUGGACGCAGCACGCUGCCAUUCUACGUGCUAGUUCCACUUCUUCAUCAGGAAGGAAAGUUGGUUUCAAUCACUGUUGCUCUUGUGUCUCAGCAGGCAGUGAUAAAGAACCGCCGCCAAGUGUAUGUGUCAAUGGACAGUCGUAUUGGCGAUCUUUGGGACAAAUACGAUGACCAUGACAUUGUGUGCGAAGACUUUCUUGCACAGGUUGGUGAGAUCUAUGGCCGUAUGUAAAUCCUCAAUUAAAUUGAAAAAACAGUGCCAGUGACUGACCAUUAUCAAGUAAAUAGUGUACAAAGUGUAUUAUAUUUUAUGUGAUGUAUUUUUCUUAUUUGUGUCUUUGUUGUCUUCUGUUUGAUUUGUAUGUUUUACAGUCUUCUGUCUUUUGUAUAAUGUUUAUAUAUUUAUGUUGUGUU